AUGGCGUGCCCGGUGCAUGCCCCAGCGCUCCGCGCGGGCGCGAUUCGCCCCCAGGCCCCUCAAUCGGUGCGGCGAGUCCAAGCCAGGUCACCGCUGCGCAGCGCGCGCCAGGUGGCGUUCCGCCGCGGCCCGUGCGCUCCGCGCGCAGCCCAGGACGUGCGGGUCCCGACGGACCCCACCGUGCGCCUCGAGCGCGUCGAGGUGCAGGGCGGAGAGUUCAACGUGCGAGGGAUCCUGGAGGUCGACGGCCCGAAGGACCUCGUGUACGCGGUGCUUUGCGACUACGAUGCUGCGGCCGACAUCUUCCACAACGUUCUGGAGUCCUCCGCGGAGGACCUGGGGGCCGGGCGGCUGAAGCUCAUGCAGACGUGCAGGUGGUCGUUUUUGCUGUUCGGGGGUUCGUUCGAGUCCGAGAUCGACGUGGUGAAGGACGAGGCCGCGGGUCUGAUCACGUUCGAGCUGGUUCAGUCGGGAUUUAUGAACUCGUUCAGCGGCAAGUGGAAGGUGGUCGAGGGCACGGACGGGCGGUGCGUCGUGGAGCACGACAUGGCCACGACGCCGAAGCUCGCGCCGCCAGGGCCCAUGGCCGGCUACACGCGGAAGAUUUUCGGCUCGCAGGUGACGCGGCUGCUCGAGGACCUCGCGGCGGAGGUGGCGCGGCGGCAGAUGGCCCAGAAGGCAGAGCAGAACUAA